CACACAGCGAUCUCCUGAAUGAGGCAGAUAGGAGGAGGCAGCGCAGAGCCGUCUCUCAGGAGAUCAUUGUGAUGAUGGGAUCUGUGACUGCUGCAUAUCUGCAUCCAUGAGGAGUAAUCUCGAUGGAGUCGGUGGGCCGGGAGGAUCUCUUCCACAUUUGCUCUGUAGAUCUUCAGCUGAAAUCCUGUAACUGGACCCUGAACAACGACACAUGGCGGAGCAGUCAGAGCCAGGCCGUAGUGGUGCAGGGACUUCUCCUCCGAGUCCUGGGUCCCAAGAUGUCGUCCUUCUUCCUGCCGGUGUCCCUGACCUACCUGACGAUAUUCCUCACUGGGGUGGCAGGGAACCUCCUCACCUGCACUGUGAUAGCCAAACACCGAAAAAUGAGAACCCCGACCAACCUCUACUUGUUCAGCCUGGCCAUUUCCGACCUCCUGGUCUUGGUUUUUGGAAUGCCACUGGAGAUGUAUGAGAUGUGGCAGAACUACCCCUUCCCCUUUGGAGAGGGCGGCUGCUACUUUAAGACAUUUCUAUUUGAGACGGUUUGUUUUGCAUCAGUUCUGAAUGUGACGGCGCUGAGUGUGGAGAGAUACUUGGCAGUCGUUCAUCCCCUGAAAACCAAGCAUGUCAUGACCAACGCACAUGCCCGGCGUGUCAUCGGCGCGGUGUGGUGCAUCUCAUUGCUGUGUGCCAUCCCCAACACCUCACUGCAUGGCAUAUACUACAUCUAUCUGCCAUCCCUAGAGAGGGUGGACGAGUCCGCUACCUGCACCAUGAUGAAGCCCAGGUGGGUCUAUAACUUGGUCAUCCAGCUGACCACCAUAUUCUUUUACUUUGUCCCUGUCUCUAUUAUCACCAUCUUAUAUCUGUUAAUUGGAUGGAGACUAACCCAAGAGAAGAAGAUCCGAAUAAGAUGGCUGGGGAAGAGCUGCAAGACCGACAUCACCUGGAAGAUAGCGCCAGAGAGUGCGAAGAAAAGGCAGAUCACCAAGACCCUCUGUGUGGUUGUCAUCGUCUUCACCAUCUGUUGGGCGCCCUUCCACAUUGACCGCCUGCUGUGGAGCUUGGUCAUCCAGUGGACGGACUCCAUGCACACCGUAUUCCAGUACGUCCACAUCCUGUCUGGGAUCUUCUUCUACCUGAGCGCUGCGGUGAACCCCAUUAUCUACAACCUUCUCUCCACCAAAUUCAGGGAGUGUUUCCGAGAGAUGGUCUGCAGGAACCCCGAGACCACCCUGUCCUACAGCAGCUCCCCGGCCAUCUCCAGGAUCCAGAAGAGCCCUUCCCAUGUGGUGUCCGGGCGCGCGCUCUGUAGGGAGGAGCUCAGGGCGCUGACUCUGCCCUCCCAGGUGACCUGGUCACAUGAUUCCCAGACAUCCUCCAUGGAACAGUUGUCCUGUGAUUCUCUUCUUGUGCCAUCAACUCAGUCCUGAAACCAGUGUUUCCCAAGUGCACUUCUUAAAGGGGUACUCCAAUGGAAAACAAUUUUUUUUCAAAUCAACUGGUGCCAGAAAGUUAAGCAGAUUUG